GUUAUUCUGUGUAAUAAGUGUCAAUUAUAAGACAGUGUUGUGAGUUAGUUGUAACAAUGAUUACAUUAUCCGAGGAUGUCGGUAAACUCUUCAAUGAGGUUCUUCAAGAAAUAUCACAAAAUAUUCGUCAUAUGAUGGAAGAGCUAUGGCUCAACUGGUCACAUUUGGGCGUGGACGACCAUACUAAAGUUAACAAUAUAACUAAACUUGUACAAAUUGAGAAAGAACUCCACCGAGAUGUGAUAUCUGAGACCAGGCAGAAACUAAAAACUAUGCAAGCGCAAGUUGACAAAUUAAAAGAGGAAACAGAAGAACUAAGCCGAUAUCUAUCGGUGGAUAUAACAAUAUUAGACUUUAAAGAAGAUAUGAUGCUGGUUGAAUAUAAGAGAGAAUUAGAAGAACAGAUUGCUGGGUAUAGAGAGCAAAUGGAACAGCGUAAAAUGAAAAUGGACAGGCUUCUUGAAUGGCAGAGAGACCUUACGGAAAAGCUUGGCGUUACAAUUCACGAGUUGCAAGAAAUGCCGUUACCUUCUGAAGAUGAGUUGGAUAAACUAAAAGACCAUUUGGAAGUCUUGCAAGCAGAGAGGGAUAAGAGGGCUGAGUUGUUCCUGAAUACUCAAGUUGAAAUUAAAGAUAUAAUGGAUAAGUUGCAAAUAAAACCACAAAAUAAAUUUGAGCAGUCAGUUGUAACGUCUCUAUCCGUAGACUUUAAAGUUACCGACCUAAACAUGGAUAGACUUGCUAAGUUAAAGCAAGACUUGCAAGAAAAAUAUGAUCAAACUAAUAAUCGGGUUUUAGAGUUGAGAGAGAGAUUAACAAAACUCUGGGAUUGUUUGGAAGAAGAUUAUAUCUAUCGUGAUAACUUCCUACAAGCACAUCCUGGUUGCCAUCCCGCCACUGAAGUUGCACUCAAGGAAGAAAUUAAGAGAUGUGAUCAAAUAAAAAGACAAAAGAUUGCGGUGUUUGUUGCAAACGUCCGUACAAAAAUUAAGCUAAUGUGGGACAAUGUGAUGUACUCGAGCCAAGAGAGAGAGGAGUUUGUACACUACUAUCAAGACAUAUUUACUGAAGACACACUCACUUUACAUGAACUUUAUUUGGAUAAAAUAACCAAAUUCUACAAUGAAAAUAAACACAUCUUUGAGUUGGUGGUUACUCGAAAGAAUCUUUGGUUGAAAAUGACGGAAUUAGAAGCUCGUUCUACAGAACCAGGUCGCUAUCACAACAGAGGAGGACAACUACUACGUGAAGAAAAGGAACGGAAAUCCAUAGCCAGCAAUCUACCUAAAAUCGAAGCACAAAUUCGAGACCUUGUAACAGAGUAUGAGGCAAAGACGGGCAAUACUUUUACUGUUGAUGGAAAACCUUUAUUGCAAUUAAUACAAGAUGAGUGGGAGACACGCAAAGCGGAGCGUCAUAACAAGCUGUCAGCUCGCAAACAGGCUCUAACACCCACCACCCCGCUCUUCAGAUCGCUGGCCACCUCGCCACUGGGCAAGCGGAACCGUACCGCUGCCGGUCUAGCAGCCACUGCCGAGAGGAACAGACCGCCGAGCAAACGACAAUUGAUCACCGGCAGUGCUGCUAAGGCUGUGUGUACACUGUCAUCUAACUUGUCAGCACUUAAACGAUCAGCUAUGUCUACUGUUAAAAGGCGUAUCAGCGGUCGGCUGGCGGCGCGGGUGGUGGCGGAGGGUAAGGGCAUUAGUGACCACGCUAAACGUAAACUCGACUACGGUGAAAGUAAGAGGACUCCGAAGGCCACCGUUAAUGGCAGCAUUCUGAAACACAAGCGAACCUCUGCGGGGCGGCGGCGCAGCGCGGGCCGGCGCUCCACCGGCGUGACGUCCGGCGAGUCGCGCGACCCGCUCAUGGAGACCACGCUGCUCACCACCUACACAGACUUCAAGGAUGGUAUAAACGAAAAGCAGAUCAGCCGAAGCUCAAUGGCAAACACGAAACCACAGGAAGUGAAUAUCCCAGCCAUCGUCUGUCAGACAUUUGAAGACAGACAGGAAACCCCAAAAAAAUUUUUAAAGUCUAACCCCACUCCACUCACACCGAAAAUCGGGAAAGAGAACAUUCAACAUGUGAAUAUGAUGACACCUAAGAGUAAUCUUCUAUGCACACCCACAAGGCUAACUCGAUCGGCCUUGAAAUUAAACAACGAUGGCUUCGCAACCCCCCGUGCACCCCUCAGCGCCAACAAAGUUAACCUACAAAGGCAAAAUACAGCUACCAGUAUGUCAGUAAAAACACCAAACAAUGUUAGCAGGUCUAAGUCCCAUACACAUUUAGUUCGAGUCAAAAACCUCCCACCGUUAAUAUAAAUUGUACAUGAUGUGUGUAUACUAUUAUAAUUAUAUCACUUUAAUUUUAACAUUUAGGCUGGCCGCAUAUUGUCUGGCUCUAUCUCGCGAGCGUAGCACGCUUUUUUAAUAUUUAUGUUACAUGAUUAUAAGAAAAUUAUUAGUGUGCAGUGUCUAGUAUAAAAUGUAUGCGCUACUGAUUUCCGGUUCGCGUUAGAGUGUUCUUCUAAUAGAAACUUCUGAUAAUAUGUAUUCAGCCAUACAUACGGCACAGUGAUGUGCACACAUUCAAUGACAAGCUCAGAUUUAAAAAUAAAAUCAAAUGUAAUUUAUGACAUACACCAAUUAAAAUAUUUCAAUACA